GUCGCCACGGCAACGCAGAGACGCCCGCACGGAACACAUGCUGAGCGGAGCUGCCAGGGCCAUGAAGGAGGCUUCGUGGCUACAAACGGCGUCGUUCUCACUCACUAACUAGCUCAUAGCGCACGCGAGCUACAAGACAGAUGGAUUGCGAAGAUUUGGAAGAAGCCAUUGAGCGGGAGCUACGAUUAAUCAAUGUGCCACUGGAGGAGUUGGAAGGCAAUGAUUCUGAAGAGGACCAAGCUGAAAUUGCCUGCAUUGAACCUGAAGAGGAAGGCCUGCCUGACACAGUGCUCAUGUACAUGGCGAGAGUGAAGAGCAGAGCUGAGGAUGUGGAAGACAUCUACAAUAAGUUGCACGAGGAGGAGCCCGACCUGAACAACUGGGCUUCAGUUUCAUUUAAGUCUCACGUAUUGCUUGAGGAAUUAGCCAAGGAAUAUGGUGAAGAUCCUGAGGUCCUAAAGAAAAGGGUUUUGUCAGAAUUGGAGGAAUAUGAACGGCAGAGCUGUGAAGAGGCAUCAGAAGAAUGUGACUCUUCAUUGCCCCCUGCUGCUGGACAAGAGGACAUUAGUGGCCGCGAAACAGAUGCUGAUGUGUCCCUAAAUAUUAAGGGAAAUGCCAGUGUCGGGACAGAUUCGAUAGCGGAGACGGCAGGUGCCAGCGAGGAGGCGAAGAGACUCGUGGGAGCCGGUGACAGAACCCACGGGCAGCCUGAACACGAGCAGCGCCGCCGCGCGAGACAGGAGCAGGACGAGCAGGAGGAGAUGGACUUGCAGCGGCAGCGGCUGCUCCAACAAGCAAAGGUGGAAGAACUAGAACGUGCAAAUCAAAAGGCAUUUGAAGCGGAAAUGAGAAACUAUGAGGCUGAAAUUGAGCGCUUUCAGGAACAAAUUGACCAUGAGAAGAAAGAACUUGAGCAGAGGCUUGCGAAAGACAGACAAGAACUACGCGACAGGCAGCAGCCCGCAGCACUCAAGAUCCAGGCCCUAUUCAAAGGCUACAGAACACGGAAAAUAUACGCGCCCUUGAUAGCAGCGAGACGAGAAGAGCUCAGGCAAGAAAAAGAACUCGCUCUCAGAAGGGAAAAGGAAGAGCGAGACAGAAGAGAAAGGCUGCAGCGGGAAGAGGAGGAGCAGAAGAGAAGGGAGGAAGAACGGCGACGAAAAGAAGAAGAGGAGAUGAGGCGAAGGCAGGAGGAGGAGAAGAGAAGGCUUGAAGAGGCCGAGAGAAGGAGGAUGGAGUAUGAGAGACAGAAGGAGGAAGAGCGGAAGAGACUCGAAGAAGAGCGCUUGCGAAUAGAGGAAGAGAGAUUGCGACGGGAAGAAGUGACAAGGAGGGAAGCCGAACAGCGCAAGUUGGAGGAGGAACAAGAACGGCAGCGAGAAGAGGAAAAGAGAAAACGGGAUGAAGAAGAAGAAGCAGCAGCGAACAAAAGGAAACAAGAAGAAGUGAAGAGAAAACAGGAAGAAAAGAGAAGGAAAAGGGAAGAAAGAAAGCAAAAACAGGACAAGGAAGACGAGAGGAGGAAACGGAAAGAGGAGGAGAGAAUGCGAGCAGAAGAAAAAGAAGAAGUAAUCAAGAAGCUAGAAGGAGAGAAAAGAAAAAGUAAAAAUCACGAACCGGAGCAAAGCACCUCUGAGGCAGAGCAACAGGAAAGUCCAACGCAAGCAAAGCGGUGCACGCCACAAGAGAGUGCGAUGAGCAUUGAUGGGAAGUGCAUGGAUGUGAAGGAAGGAUAUAGAUCAAACAAAGAGCAAGAACAAGUCAUGAAUAAAGGACGGACAAUGGAUACAACCACGGUCUUGCAACCUUGCAAGAAGGAUUUGAGCAUUACCCCAGACGAAGAAGUAACGACAUCAGAGCACAUGGACAUCCCACAACGCAACAAUGAUCGAACGUUAACUGUAGUUGAACAUCAAGGGGAGAUGCAAAGCUACGCUUCUAGCUUGACUCUUUCGGAUGCAGUCGAGGCACGGAGGCUUGCCUGGAUGAAAACCUGCAAGCCUUGGUCGAGAAUCGUGGCAGAGAGCCGAGGUAAAGAUUUACGUAAAAAAAGACCACGAAAUAACUCUGCAGCAAGACAUCUCUCCCCACUGUCUGUGGAGCAGAUACUAAAAGGGGGCUUGGCAUCUUCAUUUCACCAGGUCACAACAGUUUGUUUUCAAGACCUGCCUGGCUGCAAUCUGAGCACGCUGGCUCAGUGUCCCAAUCUGCAGUCUCUGAGUCUCAAUCGCUGUGGCCUGUUGGCUCUGGACGGAGUCAACAACUGCAAGGGACUCAGAGUUAUCGACACGCAGGACAACAGCAUUGAGACUGUAAACUGCCAAGACCUAGAAAACCUGGAAGUCCUUCUGCUGUCUCAUAACCAUCUCACCUCGAUUCAUGGCUUAGAAGGAUGCACCAACCUUACAUUGUUGGAGCUCUCCCACAACAACAUCACAAGGAUAGGUGGUUUGGAGUGGCAGAAGAAGCUGCAGCGGCUGCUUGUGGACCAUAACCAGCUGGUGAGCACGGCUGGGCUGAGCGAGGUGCCCCGGCUGCUGCACUUGGACUGCUCACACAACCACCUCUCCUCGCUGGAGGGCAUACGGGACUGCGCAUUGCUCCGUACGGUGCACGUGCAGGGCAACAACCUCACCCAGAUCCCUCCACUACGGAACCAGGUGCUCUUGAGCGAACUGUGCCUGGAUGACAAUGGCAUCAGCUCCUUGCAGACACUGGGCUCCAGCUGGCUUCCUCACCUCCGCAUACUCUCCUUGUCCCACAACGGGCUCUCGGAUUUGUGUCCAUUCAAUAUGUUUAUUUCCCUGGAGAAACUCUGCAUCAGUAACAACUGUGUAACUGAUCUUCCAGCUUUAUUGGAGUGUCUGGCCGGCUGCCUACGCCUCCAUGAGAUAACUCUGGAUGGAAACCCCAUGCAAAACCACCCAGACUGGAGAAUGAGAAUAGAAAAGGUGAGCCCUGCUCUGCGCAUACUGGAUGGCCAGACGGUCGUAAGCACGGACAAGAGGAGCCUAACACCACCAGCCUUCUCCAGCCUCUGCCAGGCCCAACUGGAAGAGUUUCAGCGCUUGUCCCAAGGGUACAUGACCACAGCACUCGCGCAACUAAAGACCAUGUCGCGGCCACCAAAUGUUGUGGAUUUAAUUUCCAAGCAGCUCGAGGAGGCGUCUAGGCUAGCAGAAGAGCAUCGCUAUGCUCAGGAAUAUGGAGAAAUGGGCAGCCUUUCAAUCGAACCCACGGUCGACAAUGUUCAAACUGAAAAUCGCAUCUCCAGUGCAAAGCUAUCGCCUGCACAGAGUCAGGAGACGAAUGGUGAAGCUUCCAGCAUUGCAAUACUCGCGCAGCAGCUUUCAUCGAAUCUUGAAAACACGUGUCCAACGAAAACAGCAGGCGGUUCAAUCACCGAUGCCCGUCUGCAUGAAACCAGCCCAGGUUUCGCACGCGAUGAAGGUAAAACCGGAGCUCAUUCCCCGGGCGCUGGGAGAAAUGUGGAUGGGUCAGGUUCACAGCGACGGGAAACGGAGUCCCAAAAGAGUCAACAGAGGGAGCUGUCGCUGCAAGUCGACGGAAGGCAGAGACAGCGGAGUGCGGGCGCUGUUGCUUGUGGCCAGCAGAGGGAAACAGGUGAAGAGGUUUGCGGACCAGUUUCGAGCCAGCCGAAGGCUUCUGCCACCACUCGGGUGGCUGUGAAAGCCAGCCAUGUUGGCAACUUAAUGGAGAAAGCAAAACAAAGCACUUUGGCCGACUUCGCAGCCACGGCCGUGCAGGCGCGCUGGAGGGGCUACCGUCUCCGUCGGGAGCUGCGGCGCCGGCAGGCGGCUGCCUCGAUCAUCCAGGCCUCGUGGAGGGCACGGAGGGUCAGGAGGGCCCUGGCUCAGAGCACCCAGGCAGCCACGGUCACGGCCACUACACGAUCUCGGCCAGCCACCCUGACUCCCCCCGUGCGUACAUCCCAGCGGGAGAUGGCAGCAACAGCAGGGCAGAGGAGGCAAGGUGGAGCCACUGUCAUACAGGCUCAGUGGAGGGGCUUCGCUCUGCGCAGAAAACUGCACCGGGAGCUCCAGGCGGUCAGGGAUGCCGCGGUCCUCGACAGCGAUGAGUUUGCUGAAGUCGAUAUCGAUAACUUCACACUACAAGAGCACGAGUUGGAUGAGGCCUGGCUUCCGGCAGAGACUCCCCCAAUCACUGCGAGGAGCCAGCUUUUCCUGUCGAAGCCUCCAGGCAGUGCUGCAGCCAGGGAGGACAGCAGUGGCGUUGCUGUAGCCCGGCAGCCCAGACAAGCAUGGAGGGCUGACAGGGGGAAUGAUUCGCAUCCCUCUGGAAUAACAGAGGCUUCUUCAAACAACAGUCAGCACCUGAGAGAAGAGAAACAAGAAAAGAUUAGAGAAGAAUGGGGCUUCCGAGAUCCACAGACUGCCUUGCUGAUGCUCAAGCGUGCUCAGAAAAUGAAGUCAAAAAAGGCUGUCGCCCAGAAACGAAUGGACCCCACGGUGAGGCUGGUGCGCUUUAAGACGGAAGACUGCAGGCAGCCUCCCGUGCAGCCCACUCGACCCGUGCCUGCGGCCCGCCUCGGAUAUUUCAGCGCCCAAGAGGAUCGUUUGCCGGGACGAGGCUCGCCGGUGGUCGAUGUGAACGAGCAGAAGAUUGAUCACGUGUACAAGUGGCUGCACACACAGGCAGGCGACCGUGGGAUGACCAACGCACACUCCGCAAAAGGGGAAUCGCGUUUUUUGCCCGACAUGGACCCGGACGUUCUGAGCGGCGGUCGUGUGCAGCUGGUGGCCAGCCCCAUUGGCCGUGAAGACAGGGACAUGGAGCUCCUGUCGGUGACGGGCAGCGGCAGCACCAGCAAAGCGUACGGGGCCCUCUCUGCUCACAGCCACUCGCAGUCCCGCGCCGGCCGGACGCGGGGCUUCCGCCAAAGCAGCUUCUCCACGCGACGCAACCUCUCGGCCGACACCACACGCGACAAGGCUUGGCCCGGGGUCCCGGCUCAAGGCCCCACGCUGGUCCCAGCCCCGGGCGGUUCAGCCCCGGCGUCUCGCCCGAAACAGCGAAUCUCGUUCCGUGACGCCCCUGUGCAACUCAGCGGGGGUUGGGGGGGAGGCCGCAAGCACGGCAAGCCCCUGUAGCCUCCCCAACGCAAACCCGCACACACUUCACGCGCAUCGUUGGUUGGAGGGGACGCGUUCACUGCAGUGACUUCGCCAUCAAUCAGUCUUUAUGUUACGUGCCAAUAUCGCCCUCAAUAAAGUAGGCAUCGGUGCAGAACGAGAACGGUACGGGGGGGGGGGGGGCACAGAGCAAUGGGAAUGAAAAAAGUUAAAUUCAACCGUGCGCAAAAUAAAGUGCAACCGUGCGAAACGAAUAGCAUAAGAAAGGUUAUUUGAAAAUACUAAAUAAAUAAUAAGUAACGUAAGUUUUUUUUACAUUUUACAUAUGAUGAGAAGGCAAAUCUGAGUAGAUGCAUCCUGCACAGACUACGGAAUUGAGAGAAACCCGGCGCAUUUCGGAUGUCCUGUGGCAGGCAAGCAUGGUGUUCCAGAGUUUUGGGGCUACGCUCGAGAAGGCGAAUCCGCCCCAAACGGCUCGUCCCACAGAGGUUCAGUAGAAUAGAGAGGUGCCCAGGUGGAUCAAGGGGGGACGGGGGACUGAUCCCGUUUGAGAGCACUUGAGCCAGCACCGCUGAGAUCAUGGGUUUUAAAACGUGGGUGCCAGCCACACGCGUCUACGCUGCGCUGGGUUUUCAGGCGUAGCCAGUCGAUGGUUUCAACAGCUUCAUGAAUAAUGUAAUUAAAAUGUAACAUUAAAGAAUAACAAAUAUUUUAUGACAACAAAAAAAAGACAUUACAUUUUGAGGUGGGGUUCACUUCAAUUGUCACAAUCCAGGUCUGGGAACUGACAUUUUUGGUUUGAUUACUGUGCAUUGGACACUCUGAUGAGAAUGUAAGGAGGUGCAUGACACGUCUCAGCCCACUGAAGCACGCGGCCUAACCGGUGGUUCUAUGAUAGAAUCGGCCACCACUCCUUCCCAGCUCCAGUUGAUGCACUGCUCACUGCUCGAGAUGGGAAUGUAAAUGUCUUUAUCUCAUGACAUUUAAAACAAAAAUACAUCAAGGUCAGCAAAAACUAGAGAGGUUUUGUUUAAACAGGGUGAGAUUUUAUGAUUGUAAAGCUUUAUUGUGAAGUGCCAGGUGUCUGAAUGAGGAGUAAUGUUUUGUGCUACUCUACAGGUCAGAGUGUUGAACCUUAGACCAUCUACUCGAAAAAUUACAUCUGACCUCUCAGCGACAUGCAGAUGAUGUUUGAAAUUUCACGGCAGGCUAAGGGUAGCUACUUUGAAUUUCAGGAUAGAACAAGGCAGGAGAACAUACGUGUAUAUUAUGCAUACCUUUUCGAUUUACGCAUUUCACAAUUUGCACUAUUCGCAUUCCUGCAUUUCCCAUAAAUAUGCUAAAUUCCUCUUCAAAUGCAAAUUCUUUUGUCAAGACUCUCUUCCUCCUCCCUCACAGCUUACAUAGACACUCCAAGCCUAAGGCGUGUCAUUUAGACUGUCUUAUCGACAGACAUGUUCUUCACCUGAGGACGGCUGCUUGCGUUGUGGCCGAAACGUCGUGAGAAUUAUUUUAUUAUGUUUUAUUUUUAUUAUUGUAUUACUUCCCUUCUACGUGACUUUACCGAAAGAACCAAGAAGAUUAUGCAUACCUGUCAACCCCUUAUCAGUGCCUACCUUAUUGCAGACCAAUUCAGACCUUGUUGGUCACCCCGUGCCCUUAGAAAUCUCAAAGUUCAUCCUACAAAGUCCCAUCACAAGGGAGAUACACAAACAAAUAUAUAACACAUUUUGUUGCCCGUAUUGAAACGGCUGUAUGCCGUGUGGAACUGAAAACUCAAUUUCCCUGCACAAGAAUCCGGGUAAACCGUAUGGGUUGACAGCUAUGAGGAUGGUGGAAGACAUGUUUGUGUCACGGGAAUUGGAGUGGCACGAUGAUGAAGACCUAAAGCCUUGUUGCGAUCUCCUGUAAGAGCAGACUUUCAGGGUUACUUGUCGGCUGUGCAACACUGGCAGGAUCUGGCAGAAGGAAGGAGGCAAAUAAUCGGUGUGGUGACAUCAGUGACAUCUCCGUCAGUGCAUACAAUGUGUCACAUUCUGUGAUGUCAACAGUGACUCCUACGUGUAGACUGGUCCCCGCCUUAUCAAUGUGGAAAUGUCAUGACUACGUCUGUCGUGCCACUGGAUGAGUACAGCACUCACUGGAGCACGGAGACACUUAGAUUAUUUUUGUUUUAUUAUUGAAAUUGCUCACUAACUCGUCAUACAUAUGACUACUCACGUGUGUUGUGUUACAGGGUUAUAGAAUGAUUCAUUUCCUUCCAACUGGCUCAGCUGGUUAUUGCAUGAACCGCUAACAUACAUUCUGGCUCGCUUAUAUACGAAUUUAUAUCGUUUUACAUUUCAGAAUGUUCUGUAAUUCGAUUAA